CCCUGACGUCCAGUCUCUUCAGCGCAGCGGAACCGCGCGCACGUCGCGAUCCAAAUUCUAAAACUUUGUGAUGUAACGUGUGUUAGUGGCCAGUGUUGUUUACGUUCCAUCCACGACAACCUCUCCCCCGACGGAUUUACUUCAGUGAUGUGGUGUGAGAUUUAGAAAAAAAGUUGUGACAUCGGAUGUCUUUGUAAUUUUUGUAUGUGUUACUAAGGAAAUUAUUAUCUUUGAUAAACGUCGCUUAUUUUAAUUUUUUAGGAUUACUGAUUUUAUCUUCGUGAUUACGACACUGGAGCACCAAACAAAAACUUUAUCUAUCUAAAUUAUCUUCAAAAUAGAAAUUGAAUGUUAAUCAUGGCAAAACCAGUGGAUGUUGUGGAAUGGAGCGUAACAACCUCUAAUUUCAGUCAACGAAUAACUCAUGAGUGCGAUGAAGUGUAAAAAAUUCAAGUUCAAGUGAUUACCGAGCGAUGGCUCUGAGGCAUGACGUCAUGGAGCCCGGCUUCCUCCCGGCCGACCCUCCGCCGGACAAGGACCUGGCUUCGGAAUACUUCAACACCUUCAGCCAGAUAUGUGACAACUAUCGUCCGGAAAGCGAACAUUUGCGACAGACUUCCGACAGCUUGAGGCUUACAUCAGAAAUCUUAGAUGGUAGGGAAUUUGUGGACUAUAAAGACGAUAGAAACAGUGAGUUUGUGACGACGGAUUUUAACGAGAAAGUGUUUUUGGGUAGAGAGCCCAAUGUGUUUUCGUUCGGGCAGCCCGACGCGUCGGCGCUGCUGAAGCAGCGGGCGAGAAGACGGUACCAGGAGGAGCACGGGCUGCAGCCACCGCCGGCCACCAGUCAGGAGAGCGGGUACGGCAGUGAUGAGUUCGGUCACGACUCGCCCAGUAGGUUCGCGUCGCCCAAGGGCGCCGGCGCGGCCGCGUACCAGGAGCCCUACUACGGCGGCGAGUGGGCUGCGGGCUAUUACCAGCCCCCGCCGCCCUACCAGCACGACCCUUACGCCACUUCGCCAGGUAUAGCGAGCGGCGCGGUGGGCGAGCCGGCGGGCGGCGGCGGCGGCGGCGAGCUGCCGCUGCCGCCGAUGUCCUCGUUCCGCGCGGCCGCGCCGCACCACUCGCCCACAGACCCCAUGCUGGUGGCCAAGCCUGCGCUGCAGCCGAUGUACUCUGCAAGCGGCGCGGCGGGCGGCGCGCUGGCGGAGGCGGGCAGCCUGUCGUCGUACGGCUCGUCCCCGUCCACGCCCGUGCACUCCCCGCCUCCCCUACACGCCCGCCUCUACCCCCCGCUCAAGCAUUCCCCGCACCACCACGUGCAUCACAAUGGACAGCAGCCGGGCUGGGCGCCGCCGGGCGUGUCGUCCCCGCCGGCGCCGGCCGCGCCCGCGCUCGCCAACGGACACCAUCACGUGCCCGUCUUCCCGCCGCCCGUCAUGGGCGCGCCGGCCGAGGCGAGGCAGCUCGACGAGGCGAUGGUGUUCCUGCGGGAGCACUCCGACGUCGUCGGCGCGCGCAUGGAGGAGCGCUUGGACGACGCCAUCAACGUGCUGAGGAACCACGCGGAGGCGCCCGACCUCUACCCGCAGGACCACCACCACCCGCCGCCCAACGCGGCGGGCGGGCGCGCGGUGGCGGGGCUGGCGCUGCACGAGCCCGUCAAGCUGGAGCGGCAUCUGCUGCCCAACACCAAGAAGCGCAAAGAGCCCCCGGACUCGGGCCUGGAGUCAAAGCCGUCGUCGUCGGGCUCCGACCCCAAGCUGGCCGCCGGCUCCAAGCGCGCGCGCAGAUACUGCUCGUCCGCGGACGAGGACGACGUGGACCCGGACACGAAGGCCGCGCGCGAGAGAGAGCGCCGCCAGGCCAACAACGUGCGAGAGAGUUGUUCGUCCGCGGACGAGGGCGACGACGACGCGGACCCACACGCCAAAGCGCUCAGAGAGAAGGAGAGGCGGCAAGCCAACAACGCGAGAGAGAGGAUACGGAUAAGAGACAUAAACGAGGCGCUGAAGGAGCUCGGCCGGAUGUGCAUGACGCACCUCAAGAGCGACAAGCCGCAGACCAAGCUGGGGAUCUUGAACAUGGCCGUAGAGGUCAUCAUGACUCUGGAGCAACAAGUCAGAGAACGCAAUCUGAAUCCAAAAGCGGCGUGCCUAAAACGGCGCGAAGAAGAGAAGGCGGAGGAGGCGCCCAAACUGCUGGCGGCGCCGCUGCAGCACUACCAGCCCAUGCCGGGCAUGGGUCAGCUCCCCGGGCAGCCCCCCACCGGCCCCCCCCAGCAACAAUAGCGACGAGUCGGCCCCCACUACGCGCUGCCCUAGCCCCCUCCCCCCUCCCCCCACCCCCACGCCCACGCCCCACACACAACACGCUAGCUACGUAUGAUUGCGUACCGAUUGAAUCAAUUCAAUUACUCCAUCGGGUGGAUCCA